CUCAUCGUCGACCUUUGCAGCAGACACAGGUUUCUAACCAGUUAUCAACAUGCAGAAAAAAAUCGUUACCUUGAUGUUGCUGGUGGUAGCCGUUACUUCAGCCAACUUGGAUCCGACCAUCGUCGAGCGCUUUGCCGACUGGGUUCCCCUAGAGUCUUCAACCAAUUACCGUAUCGAUUCUCGUAUGCGCAGACAAGUUCCUUCUACCGAUGUCAAACAGGAAACAUCAACUUCAAACAGUGUGCCAAUUAUUGAUGGACCUACUCUUCUAACGGAAUUGGCAUCUGUUCAGAGUCCUACUAUUGGCGUCCGACAGGCAAGUUCAGCCAUUAGCUUGCCCGCAGACACUUCGGCAAUUUCUCUCAACAGCUGCAUUUUCAUUGAAUUGAAACUUGUCAUUAUCAUCAACAUUUUGCAUCCCGUUUCCUGUAGCACAAUAUGCGCUCGUAAUUCCCAUUUCACUCACGAACCUCUUAAGAGCGGAGGCACCUGCACGCUGCAUAAGCCCCCGGUAAGGGUAGUGAGUGGUCGGUUCCCGCACCCCGAAGCUCGGACGCCAUUUGUGGGCACGUCCCCAAGAACAAGUGUUUCUAGCGAUGGAUCGCUUCUGAACUUGUGCCUCGAUCUUGGUUUGAGCAUUAGCCUAGGUCUACUAUAA